GCUAAGUGUUUAGAGUGUGGGCCGGCGCCGCUGUCCUGGCAGAGCGCGCCAGUCCUUCGUCGAGGCAGGACGUGCGCCUGAGCCGGGCCCAGCAAAGGCCAGCGAGAGCCGUGCCCAGCCAAGGCCACUCGUGCCAGCGGCCCCGCAACCCGGGCAUCCUCUACCUUCUCCCCUAAACGCGUUCGCCGCGCGGGGACCUUCGGGCACCGUCGCCGAAUCGCGCCCACUGCAGAGCCAACAUGCCCAUCACUCGAAUGCGCAUGAGACCCUGGCUAGAGAUGCAGAUUAAUUCCAACCAAAUCCCAGGGCUGAUAUGGAUUAAUAAAGAGGAGAUGAUCUUCCAGAUUCCGUGGAAGCACGCUGCCAAGCAUGGCUGGGACAUUAACAAGGACGCCUGUUUGUUCCGGAGCUGGGCCAUCCACACAGGCCGAUACAAAGCAGGGGAAAAGGAGCCGGAUCCCAAGACAUGGAAAGCCAAUUUCCGCUGUGCCAUGAACUCCCUGCCAGACAUCGAAGAGGUGAAGGACCAAAGCAGGAACAAAGGCAGCUCAGCUGUGCGGGUGUACCGGAUGCUCCCACCUCUCACCAAAAAUCAGAGGAAAGAGAGAAAGUCCAAGUCCAGCCGAGACGCUAAGAACAAGGCCAAGAGGAAGUCAUGUGGGGACUCCAGCCCCGAUACCUUCUCCGAUGGCCUCAGCAGCUCCACCCUGCCUGAUGACCACAGCAGCUACACAGCUCAGGGCUACAUGGGGCAGGACUUGGAAGUUGAGAGGGCCCUUACUCCAGCACUGUCACCAUGCGCUGUCACUAGCACUCUCCCUGACUGGCGCAUCCCAGUGGAAAUUGUGCCGGAUAGCACCAGUGACCUAUACAACUUCCAGGUGUCACCUAUGCCCUCCACCUCUGAAGCCACAACAGACGAGGACGAGGAAGGGAAGUUGCCGGAGGACAUCAUGAAGCUCUUGGAGCAGGAGCAGUCAGAGUGGCAGCCAACAAAUGUGGAUGGGAAGGGGUACCUGCUCAAUGAACCAGGAGCCCAGCCCACUUCCGUCUAUGCAGACUUCAGCUGCAAGGAGGAGUCAGAAGUUGACAGCCUUGGGGGGGAUAUCGGGCUCAGCCUCCACCGUGUGUUCACAGACCUGAAGAACAUGGACACCAGCUGGCUGGACAGCCUGCUGCCCCCAGUCAGGCUGCCCUCCAUCCAGGCCAUUCCUUGUGCGCCAUAGCCUGGCCCCCGGCCCUUUUGCUCUCCUAGGCGAGCAGGACCUGGCAUGUUGGUGGCUGUGGUACAGAGAAGCAGGACUCCUGUGGGCCCCUUGACAUGCGAAGUGUGACCUCACUGCUGAGUGGGGUUGGGGCUGCCCUCCUUGGGACAGUGGCCUUUCGGGGCCUGGCAAGUCAGGGUCUGGGCUCAUCUCAUGGGGUAAACCUGGCCCUGCCUCCUGGGAAGAUGGGUUUCUGAGACUGGUGUCAGGUGGAGGUCUCAGACAGGAGUUGGCCCUCCAGCUUUUUCCUCUGAGCCCCACUGUCUCUGAGCUGGCCUGAGGGAAUAGACCAGUGACCUCGGAAAAGCACAGCACCAACCCCAGGGCUGGCUCUGCACUAAGAGAGAAUUGCACUAAGUGAAUCCUAUUCCCAAAGAACCAGCCCCCUUCCCAGCUGAGCCCUGGGGACUGUUCCAAAACCAGUGAAAUGUGAAGGAAAAAUGGGGUCCUGCGGGAUAGUGCUCCCUCAGCCUCAGAGGAGCUCUGCCCUACUUGCUCAGGCUGAGGGGCUUGGGAAAAACAUGGCACUUUUUUGUGUGGACCUUGCCACAUUCUAAUUAGAGGCGUACACUAAUGUUUCCCACGAGCUCUUGGCUUUUGCAUUUAUUUAUACAGUGCCUUGCCAUGCGCCCACCUGCUCCCUCAGCAGGCCCAGGGAGGCAAGUGUGAGCGCCUUAGUGUGACUUUUAAAAUUGGAAAACCCACCAAACCACUAAGUCAUGUGUGACCACAUAUGUUUGUGUGUGUAAAUAUGUACAUUUGUCUUUUUAUAAAAAGUUAAUUGUUCUAAGA